AUGCUCUUGCGUCAUUGCGGUUUUUCCGAGGCCCGCGCUCAUCUUUGUUUUUUCCCUCACUCGAGUAAGAGCACAACCCCGGUAGCCAUGCUUAGCCUCUUCACGCUCGAGGUGACGUACCUCAUUACGCCCGCCAUGGUUCUCUUUAUCCUCUUUAUUUUGCCCGUGCCACGGUUGUCGCGUUACGUCUCUUGCGCAGUGAGUUUUGUGGAGCGGCCAAAUUUUCAUGGUGUCUCUCUACUGUUGCUCGUCGCACUGGUGACGUUUGUAAGCUUCGCGAUGCAGUUCGUUGAGUGGAGAAAAAGAUACGGUCAAGGUAAACCGCGAUUUGCCGAUUUAAGUCUGGAAGUUGACUGGGAAGCCAAGAAGUGGCGCCACGAGCGUAACAUGUAUAUUCACGCGCUUGCCACCGUCUUAUGUGCUGCCAUUAUGAAGUUUACACGGCUUCAUACCGCCCUGGAGCGGCGGAAAGCGGCAGCCACGGAGCCCAAAAAGAAGGCGUAG